AUGUGUACAAAAGCGGUUCACCUGGAACUAGUAUCCGACCUUUCGACCAAUCGUUUCAUCCAGGCAUUCCGAAGAUUCAUUGGAAGAAGAGGCUAUUGUUCUGAGGUGCAUUCAGACAAUGGCACAAAUUUCGUUGGGGCAAGAAAUCAAUUGCAGCAGUUGUUCGAUCUACUUCGUAGUAAGCAUCACCAGGACAGGGUCAGCCAAGACAGUGCUCAGGACGGCAUACAAUGGCACUUCAACCCCCCUGCUGCUCCCCAUUUUGGAGGCCUAUGGGAGGCAGCAGUGCGAUCAGCAAAAAUCCACAUCCUGAAAGUUAUCGGUGAUAACCCUGCGACGAUCGAGGACUUCAACACUCUUCUGGUACAGGUGGAGGCUUGUCUGAAUUCCAGGCCUAUUACGGAGAUGUCAGACGAUCCGAAUGACUUCGAACCACUUACACCUGGCCAUUUUUUAACUGGAACAUCGCUCCGCAAGCUACCAGAUCCGAAUCUUCUACACUUCCCAACGAAUCGACUGACCCAAUUUCAGGUGAUUCAACAAAGGGUACAGGUAUUUUGGUCUAUGUGUAGAACGGAGUACUUGUCGCUACUACAGAGCCGGACGAAGCGUUGGAAACCACCAGUUGAGAUCACCGUUGGAAACCUCGUGGUCCUGAAGGACGAAAAUCCCCUUCCGGCCUAA